AUGGAUCUUUCAAAACGUGAUAAUACUCUUCAAACUUUAAGAUACUUAUUGGAUAGUAGAUCUGAUAUAAGAUAUGAUAAAGUCAAUAAUUUAUUUACCAAUAUUGCAUGUGAUGUAAACUUGUAUAAAUUAUUGGAUGGUUGGUAUAUCAAAACUAAUUUACUAUUACAAAUUAAUAUUGAAGAAGAAAGUGUCACUGAAAAUAAUUCCAACUUAAAAAUUUCAUCUAUUCAUCCUAACUUUCAAAAUAUUCGAGUAUGUAGAUUAUGGAAAUAA